AUGACCGAAAUAUCUUCUACGAAUGGCACACAACAAGUAGGCAAACCGAAUCUAACACAAUCUUUUCUGCGGCUUUCUCGACUAUGCAUCUUGAACGAUCGAGAAGGUAAUCCUACAGUAAUGGCAGUAGCAAGUGGACAGAUAGCAGUCGGAACAAAGCAAGGCAAAGUGGGACUCUUCGAUCGCAGCAGAGGCUGGACAGGUGCAAUCUCAGUAGAAGGAUCAGUGAGCGCACUCGCUAUUUCAUCCGAUAAGACGUACUUGGCAAUCGGAACCAGCACAGGACAUAUAUACUUGUAUGAGAUGACAAAACUCCAUGCACCUUCUCGCCAUGUCGCUCCGGUAACAGCGCAAGCCGUCGCAGCUGGACGUAGUGAAGGUCACUUGCAAGGAUCACGAAUUCUACAGCUGUCAUUUGUUGGAACUCGACAUACCGCGAUCGUGUCUGCUGAUGAGCACGGACUGAGUUUCUAUCAUAGCCUAGGCAAGAUUCUAGGUGUUUCAAGUAAUGACACUCUGCGGAUCUUGGGACGAUAUCCAGAUGUAUUUGAAACAACGAAAAAAUCCACAACAUUGGCAAUGGCAGCUCUACCACUCGGCAUGAAGGAACAUCAAAGUGAUGCACAUAGCUUCGUCGCUCUACUUACCCCUUCCAAAAUGAUUCUCGUUGGUCUCAAGCCUUCAGCACGAACAUGGUAUAGGCGAUUGUCGCCCUCGCGAGAUAGUGCGGAAGAGCCAAUAAGCGGAUGCUUGGCUUGGCUUCCGUCUACGAUAGCAUCUACUGUUUCAUCUGCCACUUCGCCUUCUGGUCUAGUACAGCCGACGCUUGCAUUCAAUUUCGGACAGCACGUCUACUUUAUACAGCUCGUUUCUCGAGGACAAGAAGUUGUGGUUCAGGAAUGGAAGAGUUAUUCUCACCCGACACCGAUCGAGUCCAUGCAAUGGUUAUCACACGAAUAUCUAAUAUUCUAUGCAGAUCAAAAGAUGUUUUUGUUUGAUCUUCGGAAAGGGAUAUGUACGGAAGAACAAGCAAUCCUUCAACCUGUCUCUCAUCGUUGGAUUCCUACAAAGAUUGGAGGUAGGGAGACACUACCAUCGCUAAGUGGCAGCUUCAAAGCCCACAAAGGUCAGCUCUUCGUGCUUACGCAAAAUGAGAUUGUCGUUGGGUCACUGGUCUCGUGGGCUGAUCGACUUCUGGUGCAUGUCUCAAAUGGUGACUCUUUAGGUGCUAUUGAGCUUGCAACUGAGUAUCUACGUGACCCAGCCAGCAACGGAUCUAGAAUUGGUCUUCCAGAGUUCUACAAAGAUCAAAAGCCAAUCAUUGCAUCCAGAUUGGUUGAGUUGAUGAAAGCAUCAACUGCAUAUGCAUUCUCUGAAGAUCGAAUGAAGGAUGAUAUUGCUCAUUAUGCCCAUGGUGUGGAUCGGACUCCUCUCUUUCAAGGUCUUGCACGUGUAUGUGCAGAAGCUUGUCUGGCAUUGCAAGAUUUCUCGUUCUUGUUUGACGAUUUGUAUGAUGCAUUUACGGAAGCAGGCAUUGAAGGAAUAUUUGCCGAUCAAAUGGAACAUUUUAUCGUUCAAGGUCAAAUCAAAGUUCUUCCGAUUCCAGUCGUUCAAAGGCUUGUUGCUUUCCGCAAACGACAAGAAAGGUUCGAUUUAGCAGAAAGAAUUAUCCGCAAUGUCGAUCCUGCUUGUCUAGACUUGGAUCAAGCAAUCACCUUGUGUCUCGAGCAUAAGCUGUAUGAUGCUCUCUUUUACGUCUAUACACAUGCAUUGCAUGAUUUCCUUGGACCUAUCGUUGAGUUGAUCCCUCUCGCUGGUAGACAAGAUGGAGAGGCAUACAGGAUAUUCUCGUAUCUCUCUGUCAUCUUGAUAGGCAGAGCCUAUCCCGACUCACAGAAUUUACUUGAAGACGGAGAGGCACGUUCUGCACGUUCGACUGUGUAUGGCUUUCUGUUUUCAGGAAGAUGUAUUCUUUGGCCAGAAGGACCGGGAGGACAGCUUGUGCUUACGCAGGAAAACGAUUUCGAUGAGCCAACAUACCCUUACCUACGGCUCUUUUUGAAGUUUGAUGCGGAAGCAUUUUUGGACGUUCUGGAUAUCGCACUGGAAGAUGCUUGGUUGGACGACGAUGAACAUUGGUCACGACAAAAGAUUAUUGCAAUCCUUUAUGAUUUGGACAUUGUCGCAUUGGAAGUGAAGUCGUUCAUCGCAAUCUUCAUUGCAAGAAAUGCGCCCAAAUACCCUCAAUUCAUCCAACUAAACAAACAGCAGGUCAACAAUUUGAUCGAAACGCUUUGCAUAUCCACGGAAGAUGAGCGGGCAGAUGAAAUCACCGGAGAAGAGGCAUCGAAAGCUGAUCGUCAAUUUGCAGUUGAGUGUCUUCUGAGCGCCUACAAGCCUACUCAAACGGACUCUCUGCUGGCAAAGUUCGAGCAUGCCGGGUUUACAGACAUCUUGAGGAGAGUCUACCGAAGCGAAGGAAAGUGGGAUAAAUUAGUGGAAAUGAUGGUACAAGAAGCAAAUGAGUCAUCGUUUCAAGAGCUUAGCGAGAUUCUGCGAAGGGGAGGAAAGCGGAAUCCAAAAGUCGAGCAGGUCAUUUUGCAAGCUUUACCUACUCUUGUUGAUGUUGAUGUGGAAAAGACGGCAAACUUGGUACGAUCUAGAUUGACAAAUCGAACAACGGAAGCUAUCUCGAUCUUGGAUCGAUCACCUCAUCGACAAUUGGCAUUUUUGGACGUGUUCAUGGCCGAUGACAAGGUGACGGGAAAGCUCGGACUGGCAAUUCGAUCGCAAUAUAUCUCUCUUCUCAGCUCACUCGAGCCGAAUAGGGUGAUCAAAUGUUUGGAUUCUCAUCCGCCAGACUUCUUUGAUUUAGAGUAUGUCAUCGAAGUGGCAAAGGAUGAAGAUGUUUUGGAUGCUUUGCUAUGGGCUCAAGAUCGAGCAGGUCACACAGAGAAAGGAUUGACAGAGAUGGGCGAUGCGCUGACUGAACGAGCCUUAAUCCUGCGAAGCUCUGAUGAAGAUGCUGACGAAUCGCAAAGUGAAGAACAACAUUUAGCAAGAGAUCAAGUGCAGAAUUUGACAAAAAUUGCCGUUCGUAUCUGCACCGAACAUUCCGAUGAAGAAUUAUGGGUAAAGAUGUUAUCUGUCUUGAUCCGCUUUACGCACAAUGUUCAAUCCAAGCAAAGUGCAAAAGCUUUUGCUCGUACACUUUUGCAGGAUUCACUUUCAGCAUUUGUUUCUUCGACAAGUGCAGAAAGUGUAUCAUUCUCAACUCUCUUUAGCAGAUUGAUACCUGCAAAGGAUAGUACGUAUGCAGAAGCAAGGGAUAUUACCAAUGCCAUGACAGAAGCAUAUCGUGUUCGACAAGAAUUGCUUGGCAUUACCAAUCGAUUGUUUGAUCGGGAUGUGUUCUCGGCCAUGCAAAGACUCACCAAACAACGCAGACGUGGUUGGAGGCCC